GGAUAAUGACAUGGAUCUUGAUUUCUAUAGUUAACAUAUAGCUUGUUUUUCCUUUUUUCGGGUAAGGAGUCUUGGUAUUGAUAUUUAUAUUCGGUGACUAGCGGCUGUGGUGUUUGUUAGCCACAUUAGAAUGCAAUAAUAUAAGUUUGAAGAUGGAUGAAGAACGAAUGUUGCAUCCCAGUUGGAUGGGCAAAAAUCCAGCCGAAAUGGCGGCUGAUUCACAGUUCUUCAUUUUCUCUUGUGUUAUUGCUGGCCUAGUUGGUAUUUUAACUAUAGUUUAUACAGCUUUCCAGUGGAGAAGAAAUAUAAACUUAAGUUGGAUGAAAGCUGUAGCCAGGUCGAAGAAAAACCCUAAGGCCAAGCAUAAGGUUCCUGUGGCUCCUCAUACUUGGGAGUUGGAAUCUGUAUCCCGCGCAAAGAAUUUAAAUUGCUGUGCUUGCUUAAAGCCAAUGUCUCCUUCUCAAACCCUAGGGCCUAUGAUUUCUUCAGAUAGUUUCAUUCACCGUUGUAGCAUCUGUGGCACAGUGGCUCACUUGAGCUGCUCUUCGAGUGCACACAAGGAUUGCAAGUGUGUAUCUAUGAUUGGCUUUGAUCAUGUGAUGCAUCAGUGGGCAGUUCGAUGGGCAGAUCUUACUGAUCAACCUGAUGAAGCUUCAUUUUGUAGCUAUUGUGACGAGUCAUGUAGCGGGUCUUUCCUUGGUGGAUCUCCUAUAUGGUUUUGCUUGUGGUGCCAACGACUCCUACACGUGGACUGUCACAGUAGUAUGUCUAACGAAACUGGUGAUAUUUGUGAUUUAGGUCCAUUUAGAAGGCUGAUUCUCUCACCUCUUUACGUGAAGGAGUUGAGUCCCAAUUCUGGAUUUCUUAGCUCUCUCACACAUGGUGCAAAUGAGCUUGCUUCUUCAGUACGGGCCACCAUUAGGAGUCAGAGCAAGAAGCAGCGGCAUAAUAGUGAAACAUCUUUCGAUACAGGUAGUAACAACAGCUUCUGCGACAUAGCCACAGAGAGUACUGCCGAUAUCCAAGAAAAUAUAAAUGGUUCUCAUGCAAUUGAAGAGAACUGCAACGGUGGCAUGAAUCCGGGAACCCCACGCCUGAAUGGUGGCAUUGAUAAGAACGUUGAGAAAAAGCCUAGUUUCAAAAGAAGUGGAUCGAUUAACCAGAAAGACGAGUCUCAUGCAUUAAGGAUGAAGCAGAAAUAUGAGCUGGUUGAUCUGCCACCAGAUGCAAAACCAUUACUAGUCUUCGUCAACAAGAAGAGUGGCGCACAGCGUGGAGAUUCCCUUAAGCAGCGCUUGAACCUUCUUUUGAAUCCUGUUCAGGUUUUUGAACUAAGUUCAACACAGGGACCAGAAAUGGGACUUUUUUUAUUCAGAAAGGUGCCUCACUUGAGAAUACUUGUAUGUGGGGGAGAUGGAACUGUUGGAUGGGUUCUUAAUGCUGUAGACAAGCAGAAUUUUGUUUCUCCGCCACCAGUUGCGAUUCUCCCUGCUGGAACUGGAAAUGAUCUUGCCAGGGUUCUAUCGUGGGGAGGUGGCUUGGGCUCAGUGGAGAGACAAGGAGGCCUUUGCACAGUGUUGCAAGAAAUAGAGCAUGCUGCAGUGACCAUCCUUGACCGCUGGAAAGUGGCUAUUCUGAACCAGCAGGGGAAGCAACUUCAACCUCCAAAGUUUAUGAACAACUAUCUUGGAAUUGGUUGUGAUGCAAAGGUUGCUUUGGAUAUUCACAACUUAAGAGAGGAGAAUCCAGAGAAGUUCUAUAAUCAGUUUAUGAAUAAAGUGCUUUAUGCAAGAGAAGGUGCUAAGAGUAUCAUGGAUAGGACAUUUGCAGAUUUUCCUUGGCAAGUUAGAGUAGAGGUGGAUGGUGUCGAAAUAGAAGUUCCUGAGGAUGCAGAAGGUGUACUUGUUGCAAACAUCGGAAGCUACAUGGGGGGUGUUGAUCUUUGGCAUAAUGAGGAUGAUACGUAUGAUAAUUUCAAUCCUCAGUCAAUGCAUGAUAAAGUACUGGAGGUUGUCAGCAUAUCUGGGACCUGGCACCUCGGAAAACUGCAGGUGGGGUUGUCUCGCGCUCGAAGACUUGCACAGGGACAUUCGAUUAAGAUACAACUCUUUGCCGCAUUGCCUGUUCAAAUUGAUGGAGAACCUUGGUUUCAGCAGCCUUGCACAUUGUCGAUUUCACAUCAUGGACAGGCCUUCAUGUUGAGGAGGACAGCCGAGGAACCUCUAGGUCAUGCAGCCGCCAUAAUGACCGAUGUGCUCGAGACUGCCGAAACGAAUCACGUGAUUAACGCGUCUCAGAUGCGAGUCCUUCUUCAAGAAAUGGCAUUAAGGCUGACUUAAUGCUGUUUUUUAUUGCACUAAAUACCAAUAUAUCAUCUCCGUUUCUUUGUUUUUCUUUUCUUUUGGCAAAGCUUGUUGUCGAAGCGUGUGUUUGUAUAUGAAUCUUGUCAAAAACAUUAAAUACUAAAGAAGCCCUUCAGAUGUAAAAAAGGGUAUAAUUUUGGGAAAAUACGGAUUUUUAGGUGAAAUGUGUACCCUAUUCGUUUGCUCAA